CCAUCCACUCCCGGAGUCAGCCUUCCUCUUUCGGAAAGGGCGACCAGACAAUUACAGACCCGACGUAUCGUGAUGGUCGCGAGGUCCGCGGGGAAGAUCUCAAGUGGUCCAGCCCUGGCCAAUGGACCCACUACAAAGAUACGUUUUACCACCUCACUUCAGAUCUGCAGAAUAUCCUCGAAAAAACUCUGUUUGUCCGAAAAACUGUCGAGGUCAAGCUGCACAAGCUGGCGAUGUACAACAAGGGUGGGCACUUUGACUGGCACCGUGACUCGACGCACGGGGAGAACCAUCAUGCUACCGUCCUCGUCGCUUUGAACACGUCUUGGGAGGGCGGCUCGCUUCUCCUACGCCACAAUGGACAAGAGAUGACGGUCGACAUGCACCCCAAGGUCACUUCCAUUACAGAUCAAGAGACUUCCGAAUCCAGCAAUACGUCCGGAUCUGAAGACGAACCCGACACUGAGAUUAGUCUCAGAGCAGCGGCUUUCUACACCGAUGUUGAGCAUAAAGUCGAGCCAGUAACGGAUGGGGUGCGAUUGAUACUCCAGUACGACGUCUUCGUCUCUCCUGAGAAAAGUGACGAAGACGACGACUUCGACAACUCCUUUUCGAAUCUUGACAACGUUAGCGGUAAAUCGCGUCUGGGCUAUGACGAAAAGCCUUAUGACAACGAAAUUCAAGUCCCAUCUGGCUUCUCAAACGAGACUUCCCUCUCGAACCUUGUCGACGCCAUCCAGGAGAUUCUCGUUAGCGGGACAGAAGAAGUAGGCAUUCCGCUCCGCUACCUCUAUCGCCAAGCAAGCAUUCGGAAGGAAUAUCUCAAAGGUGUCGACGCCAUCAUCUACGCGAAGCUCAGCCAGAUAUUUAAUGUCUCCCUCGUUCCGGUGAUCCUCGAGGAGAGUUCUCUGGAAGGUGAAUGGACGGGGGAGGAAAUGGCGGCCUACAAGGUUUUGGAUGAUGAGGAGAAAGCUGGGCGCUCCAGCAAGAAGGCAAAAACCUCCACCGAGUUUCAUUUGAACAACGUUUCAGAUAUCUUGGAGAUUAGCAGCACUGAAUAUAUCGAGCACACGGGUAAUGAGGCGCAGGAGGCUGAUUGCAGAUACUUUGGAGGAGGGAUGUUCCUUCGCGCGAAGAGUCCGCAGGUUUAGGCGUUCCGCGACCUUGUUUACAUAUUUUUCUGACAGAUUCGAUUCAAAG